AUGCGCAAAAUAUUGCCAAAAAUACCAAAAGUACCAAAAAUAAAAUUUCCCGGAAAGAGAAAAACUUUAGGUGUCGAAAUGUCGAUCAGCCCAUCUGAAAUUAAUGCUGUUUCUGAGCCUGCUCUCGAAAAAGAGUUUGCCAAGUACCUGAGUUUGAAGGACUCAUCUGAUCUCAAGGAUGAGAAACAAAACACAGCUUCAGAAACUAAAUCCGAAGCGGUUGUUGAUACGGAAUUUACUUCAAAUCCGGUAACAAAUAAUGAAGUUGCUGAAGGUGAUCUCAGAAUGUUUGCAGAAGGACUAGGAAUCAACAAAUUUACGGAAAAUAAAGAGGAUUGGAAAAAAUUUUACGAUUUCGCUUGGCCUGACACAAUGAAAGUCGGUGAGUGUCGCGAGGUCUUUGACUAUAUUGUUCGUCCCGAGUGGGAACCAAUUGGAGAAGAACUGGCAAGAAAUACAAUUGAAUAUCGUCGUCUACUCGGAUCUGAUGCUCUUGACGAAUCGCAAGGAUCGCACAUUUUACUCAUUAAUGGGAAAUUAGUUGAGUAUGGAAAAGAGAUAUCUUUGGAAGAAGAUGAUGAACUCGGGAAAAAAUUUCCAGGGUGUUUGUAUGUACCCGUUGUUGAACGGUUUGUUGAAUUGCGCAGAUCCUUAGCUAGGGAUGAUCAAAGAAGGAAAGAGUGGCAGUCUCAUAUUUGCAUUCGAAAUGUAUUAAACGCAAGAGAUGAGGUGAGAAUGGCAAAUAUGGAACAAGAUUUCCGAAUGGUAAUUGAUACUGGUGCCACGAUGACGGUAAUUCCGUACUUCGUAAGACAACGAUUGUAUAAUCCUAAAGAUGGUUGGAAGAGAGGUUCUAUUUACCCUGCUGGAUAUGGCAAUGGAGCGAAAGUUACUCAAGUUUCAAGAGAUUGGUUGGUAUGUUUAGGAGACGGGACCAAUUGGUUCCAACUGGGUUAG